AGUAAUGAAAAGUGACUUACAGGGUUUGGCUUUUCAUCUCCCCUACUACCUGUGUCAGUCAGUCUCAUGCAGUACAUCUGUGGUUGUUUUGGUUUACCUCAUCUCUCCUGUAUCUAGAACAAUUAAUAAGUGAAAAAAUAAGUGAAAGUAGAUUUAAUAUACUCAUAAUGGCGGCUCCUGGAUUAUUUGAUUUGGAAUUACAAGAGGAAGAUGCUAUAGAAUGUGACCAGUCUGAUGAUGAUGCCAUUGAGGUGGAGGAGAGUCAGUAUGAGCAGGGGCCUGACAUAAAUGCAAUCCUUCAAUCUGAGGGUAUAGAGACAUUGCAAUUGUCAGACAGCACUGUUAAUCCUGGGACGGAGAAAGCACGACCAUCAGACUUUCAACUGCUGAAGGUUCUCGGCAAAGGUGGCUAUGGGAAAGUCUUCCAGGUCAGAAAGAUGACAGGUGGAAAAGGUGGAGGGAAAAUAUUUGCCAUGAAGGUUCUGAAGAAGGCGACAAUUGUGCGUAACCAGAAGGACACAGCGCACACAAAGGCUGAAAGAAACAUCCUCGAGGCUGUCAAGCACCCAUUUAUCGUGGAUCUGGUAUAUGCAUUCCAAACUGGUGGGAAGUUGUACCUCAUUCUGGAGUAUCUGUCUGGUGGAGAACUCUUCAUGCACUUGGAAAGAGAAGGAAUCUUCAUGGAGGACACUGCAUGCUUCUACAUAUCUGAGAUCAUCUUGGCUCUUGAGCACCUGCACUCUGAAGGUAUCAUCUACAGAGACCUGAAGCCUGAAAACAUUCUUCUCGAUUCAUAUGGUCAUGUAAAGCUCACAGAUUUUGGACUUUGCAAGGAGAAGAUCCAGGAUGAUUCAGUAACACACACCUUUUGUGGAACAAUUGAGUACAUGGCACCUGAGAUCCUCACACGCACUGGGCAUGGCAAGGCAGUAGAUUGGUGGUCCCUGGGAGCACUAAUGUAUGAUAUGUUAACAGGAGCGCCUCCAUUUACAGCUGAGAAUCGUAAGAAGACAAUUGAAAAGAUUCUAAAGGGCAAGUUGAACCUGCCUCCUUAUUUGACGCCAGAUGCACGAGACCUCAUCCGCAAGCUGCUGAAGCGGCAAGUUAGUCAGCGGCUUGGAAGUGGAUCUGACGACGGUGAACCAAUCAAGAGACAUCUGUUCUUCAAACUUAUCAAUUGGGAUGAUGUGAUACACCGCAAGCUGGAGCCUCCAUUUAAACCUGUUUUGAGUGGAGAGGAUGAUGUCAGUCAGUUUGAUAGUAAGUUUACUAAACAAACACCAGUCGACUCGCCUGAUGAUAACAUGCUGAGUGAAAGCGCUAACAUGGUCUUUGAGGGAUUUACUUAUGUAGCACCAUCUGUAUUAGAAGAAAUGUCUCGUCCAAGUGUGGUGAAGGCACGGUCUCCACGUAAACCUUACACGCCUAACUCUGGUGGUCCAUUCUCUCCAAGAGCAUUGCAGAAUCCCUUUAACUUUGCAAAUGGUGCUGAUAGUUCGUCAUCCUCAUCCGGUCACUAUGAGCAGAUGGAUACAAGCAAUUCCAUCCCUCCCUUAUCACAUAGUCAGCAGCAGCAGCGGCAGCAACACGGCCAGCAGCAGCAACAUCACCGGCAACACCAACAACAGCAGUCAACAUGGAAUUGGAAACAUUAACCCCAUGGCAUUUAGGAAGUCAUUCUUGGUAGCUCCCUUCCAUGCUGCUCUUAUUUUUUCCCUUUUCAUAACAUUUCGCUUGAACUGCAGUAUUUUCUUCCUGCAGACACAUCCAACGCUUCCUAUUUUUGUUGGAAACUGUUAUGGAGAGUAAAAAGAAUUGCAAGCAUCAUGAACAUUUAAUGUGAGUGAGAGAGAAAGAGAGAGAGAGAGGAGAGAUGGUGGUUUGAGUGUGUAUAUCUUUGUUUUUUUUUCUGAAUAAUAGUAGAUGGGAAAACUGUGUGGAGAAGAAUAGGGACAGUUGUCGUUUAUUGUCAUAUAUAUAGCAUGAAAAGAUGGUAAUCUUCAGAUUUAAAUGCCCAUUUUUGCAUUCUCUGGUUUCUUUGGGUUAAUAUAUCAUUAAUGUAAGUGACUAAGUGGGUAACUUAAGUGUAAAGAUAGUUAUCGCCACCUUCGAUACUUAUCAUAGCAUCGUUUGUAGUCUGUGAGCCAUUUUAAGUAUUUCAUGUACUGGGCCUUACACAUACUCUUAAGAUAGCCUAUACGUAUAUACAUAAUGAACUAUGUUAGUCGCAUGAGGGUGCAAUGAAGUUCCUUUUCAUGAUCACUGGUAUAUUAUAUACAGGGUUGAUUUUUAUUUUAUUUUUCCAUUAGAAGUCUUCUUACUGCUGCUAACAUGGUCUAAUCAUCUCACUCUUCCUAAAACCUAUGCCUUUCUCAAUAAAACCUCAUCUUCUCUUGUGAAGCCUCAUCAAUUAGGUUUCCUCUUAUGAUAACCCAGAUGCUUUGAGUCACAAGAUGGUGGCAGGUUUAGUUGUUGCCAUACCCAUUCUGAGUUUGAUGUCUUAGUUGCAUUUUCACGCCGAUUUUAAAUAUGAGUCGAUAAUGUCUUUUUAUGUAUAUGUGUGUGUACUAGAAUUAGGUGUGAAAAUAGCAGCUAAUACACUCAUCUUUGCUGGAGCGUUGUGGUGUGUGAUGACGAAGACUCUCAAGGCAUUGAGUUAGGAGCUGUGCUCUCCCCUUGACUCGGCUAGCUCAUGUUAGAUAUAAGCUAGCUCAGAAUAGAAAUAUAUAAUAUAUCCAUUAAAACACAUUUAUAUAUUAUACUGUAUACUGUAUAUAGAAACUAUUCAUUUAUAUGCAACUAGUUUCAUAUAACAGUUUAUCUUAGAUAUGAUAUUGAUUUUUUUUAAAUUUAGCUCUCCUUAGCAUGUUUUUGUUUUCAUAAUUGUGCCAUUAAGUAUGGAAUAAUUGGAUUUAUGGUAUUGAUUGGGUCAAAGUUAAACUUUUUUGCCUCUUUCACAGCUACCAUUCUGGCAUGCCUUAAAAGUUGGUGGAGAUAGUCUCCAGCCAGUCUUGAUAUUUGAGCAUAAAGAAUAUUAUAUAGACAAGUAGUGGCUGAUGAAAGCUGUGUUGUGUGAGGGUGUGUUUGAGAAAAAUAAAAGUGACAAACUAAUGGUCAUAAGCUGCAUCAGUGUGGGCUAGUCAGAAAAUUCUGUCAGUCUGUCUCAACCAGUCAGGUUUGGUAUUCAAAGAACCGGCUGAUGCAUAAAAAACAUUGUUACGGUUCUUUUAUUAGUUCACUGCGUAGUUUGUAACUUCGGGUUUUAUUUACAAAUCAAAUAGUUUAUUAAGUUUGAAUGGGAGAAUUUAUUAAUAUAGUAAUAAAAUAUUUUUUUGUUUUCUUAGUUCUCUGUUGCUGUUGUUGUAAAAUUAUGCAUUGAUACAUAGAAUUUGAUUUUAACACCUUCAUAUGCAUUACAUGCAGUUUGUUAGCUUAUAAUUUGACUGAAAUUAUAUAGAUAUGAUGAUAAUUUUUGUUAACUUUUUUAUCAUAGCAGCCCACAAGUUGCCUGGGCUUAUUUAUUGAGUUGUGGAGGGUGUAGAUAUAUUUGUAUAUAAAUAAUGUGGUUGGUAUUAUACUUCAGAUUGUUUGGGGAUAUGUACUGUGAUGAAGCUGGGUAUCCAUUAUAGUGACAAGGCACAAUUUCCAGAACCCAGGGCUACCACUUAAUUUUUUAUAAUUUAAUAUUUAUGAAGAAGAUUAGGGAUAUAUAUAAUCCCAGGAAGAAAAAUGGAUCAACUCUGUGAGUAUUGUUUAAAUAUUAAGUUAACAGAAAGCUUGAUAUGUCAAUGUAUUUACUGUAUUUUGAAAGCUUAGCUAAGGGAAAUUUCCCUGGCUUUGUGAGGUCAUAAUUGUCAAUUCCUUGAUCAGCUGGGUUCAUUUAUUAUAAAUAUGUAUUUAAUAAGUCUGUAAGUAGAGCACUUAUUAGCCCGAAUUUACUAGUUCUUCCAAAACGUGGCUUGAGCAGCACGAUGUGACAUCUUAGUAAAACAUGCCAAGACAGCAAGGUUUUACCUUUGUGGAUGUGUUAUACAUUUGCUUCUGGUGAGUUAGGACUGAACAGGACAUGGAUGAUCCAAAAUUUUUAUUCUUUGAUGUUGUCCUCUGCAUCAUUGUUUAUUGUAAAGAAUAAUAAUAACACAGUUACUAUGCAAAUAAUGUGCUAUAUUUGAAAAUUGAUCCUGAAUUGUCUGUCCUUGCUCAAAUUAAUCUCAUCGAGGUUAACCUUAUUUAAAACAUGGCUUCUAACCUCUAGGGUGCUAAGACCUUAACCACCAGGUUUGGUUGAGGGGUGAGCUUUUAUCAGACAGUCCAGUACAGUUUGCCAUUAAUAGUACAGACACCAUUGUGAAUUUGCUUUAGUUUUAUUACAUUUAUGGAAUAAAUUAUUUUAUGAGUAAAAGUGAAACUUAGUUCAAAUUAUUUUGAACUAAUGGUGAUCCCUUAACAUAGUUUUUACUUUUUUUUGAAGUAGAUAGUCAUUAUUAACUUUUCUUGAAAAGCUAAUUAGAAUUGAACAAAGUAAAUUUGGAAUAUAAUGUCCUUUUUAUUGUUAUUAUUUAGAAAAUACCCAAGGUAUUAUUUUCUCUAAAAUUUGAAUCCAAUAUCAGAUAACUUUUUAGACUGAUUAAUUGUAUAUAAUAUAAUAAGGACUGGGCUUGGCAAGAUACAUUUGGAUGUAUCAAAGUUCGAAGAAUGUUACGAUUUGGAUUGAUCAAGUAGUAUAGGCAGAUUAGAAAGGUACAGUACAUGCAAAAAUGGUGGGGAUAUAUUAGUAAAGUAUAAGUAGUUAGAUCAGAUAUAUAUAUAUAUAUAUAUAUAUAUAUAUAUAUAUAUAUAUAUAUAUAUAUAUAUAUAUAUAUAUAUAUAUAUAUAUAUAUAUAUAUAUAUAUAUAUAUACAAGGAACUAGUUAGGUUUGGGAAUGAAGUAAUGCAGUUUAAUUAUAAUAAGUGUGUGUGUGUGUACAUACACAUGAAAUUUUUGCCAACUAAGCCAGAAAAACAAAGGUCUCCCAUUCUAAGAAAGACAAUGGUAUUUAUAUUUCAAGGAAAACUAAGCUAUACAUAUAUAAUAAAUCUUAUAUCAUUACAUAAUUACCAUUUUUUUAUGACCCCUGCCACCAGCGGUACAGCAAGGGGAUCUGUUUGUUAUGUUGAGGACACUGUGAUGUCAACAUUUACAUUGUGUUCAAUGGACAAAUUUGAAAGUUACUACAUGUCUUUUAUACAUAAAGAAUAUGUGAUGUUGUGGAGCAAAAAAAAUAUAAAAUAAAAACUUUUUAACUUUAGAUUUGUAUGAUACAUGUCAUAGGAGUACAGUAUGCUUUUAAAGUUUUCAUAGAUUUAAUAAUUUUUUAUCAGUUGCAUUCAUACUAGAUAUGUGCAUUUGACAUUAUGAAGGAGCUUAAAGAAAUUAAGGUCAAAUUAGAGUUUUCACAUCAUAUUACAUAAUACAGUACUGUACAGUACUUUUGAGUGAUGGUGUGCAGUUGGAUCAACUCCAACUGUGUUCAGUGAAUUGGUUUGAAACGGUUAAAGGUUACAUAAAUAAUAUAAAUCUACUUGAGAUUUGUGGAGAUGAUUACCUAAUUAACAAAUAUAAUUUUGAUCUUUGCAUUUUUCUUGCUUGUUUCUGAUCUCUUGUGAGCAUUUAGUUAACAUUUCUUAUGUUGGGGAGAUAUUUUUAUAAUUUAGUUAAUGUGCUACUUUAAAUAUAAACUAAGAAAAAUUACAAAAUCUGUUCCUAGUAGGCAGCAGUGUUUCUCAUCUGUUAUCAGUUUUAAUUGCAAGUUGGAUGUUUUCAAAUAUGACUGUAGCAGCAAGAAUCAUGAAGUGCCUUGUUUUUAAUAAAUAUCAUAAAUAAUAAAAACUUUGUAUUCUGAGAUAACUUAUAUGGCAGUUGUGAAUGUAUGGAUGUAGUUGAAAAUAAUGUAUAUGGUAAUCUUGCACAAAAUGAAACGUUUUGGAAUUGUUUUAGUGAAUAAUUUUUGUUUCCCAUUUUAUAAAGUGUCUUACGGUGCACUUUGUCUAUCUGUUACAAAUGAUUUUGGGUCAAAAGCUUUUGUUCUAACCAGCAAACAGUAUGUUGAUCAGAGUUUAUUAAGGAGUAACUUUUAGGGAUGAACAUAAAACAAUUGAGCUUGAGAUCGAGUGUGUGAGCCUCUGUGGGCUUUUUUGUGCCACUUACAGUAUUUAUAUUGAUAUAUAAGCUGUUGCUCACCAUCUACCUGUGGCUCAUGCAGUGUUUCUAUGCCACAACCUCAGCCAUAUAAAGGUACUUUUAUGCCAAUCAUACACAGUGUAUUAUUUAUCCAGCUCCUACUCAUUACUAGUUUUAAUACUUGCUGGUUAUAAGCUGUCAUGAUCAGUGUGUCAGAAAGAAUCUUUUAAGUUAUCUACCUAUUGUCUGAUGAUUGGGAGGUCUCUGUAGAAUAGGCUUAGUGAUGUUGGGGCUUAUGUAUAGUUUCAUAUACUUUGAAGGCUUGGGAUAUUUGGCUUUUUGAUACUCAAGAGAUUUGGCCUAUGUAAAGAUGGCCAGCCUGUCUGGGCAGAUGGAUUGUGAUAUGUCUUGCAAAGACACAAUGGCUAGCAUGCUUGUCCUUCACAUAGUGCUGUUAUUAUUCGUGUUCAUUAUUAGGCUUGGGUGUCAUACAUCGCUCACUUAUGUUGGCAGUUUAGUACAUUAUAGUGUAACUUUCACGAGCUACCUAACAGUUUUGUGUCCCACAACUCAAAGGUUGACUAACCAGUCACUUGAAGUGGACUAACAGGUUUAUGUCUCACAGUUCAAGGGUUGACUAACCAGUAACUUGGAGCGGACCUAAAAGCUUUGUGUCCCACGACUUAAAAGGUGACCAGUCACUAUGAGCCGAGUACAUAAUCGGAUCUUCCACAUCUGUGUAAUUCAAGUAUGAUUUAUUGGAAAAAAAAUAUUGGCAUAAAAUUCUUGUGUAUACUGUACUAUCAAGGAACCACAAAAAUGGCCAGUUUCUAUUUUGGUGGAAUUCAUGUGACUAUUCUAGUUUCUGACUUAGUGUGUGGCUUAGUGCCAUUUCAGUAAGAGUAACAACAUUUUCCAUGAUGUGUUUGUAUCAUACUAUAUGCAAGAAGUUUAUUGCUCAAAGUGGCUGAUUAUUUUUCCUCCAAAAAUUACUAAUCAUCAUUAUUUCUUCAAAUUGUAUAUGAUGCCUGAUGCAAUUUUAUUGUAAUUAUUUUUUCUUUGGCUGUACCACGGGGGGACAUGGGGGGGUCCCGUUUCCCUUGCAUCAAACGGUUGUGCCUUUUUGUGAAUGAAUAAUGUCUGUGUAAAUGUCUUGAAUGCAUUGUUUACUGUCAUUUUUUUGAAUGCAUAGCAAUACUAGUGUCUACAUGCUGCUCUUUUUAAUUUGAGAAUAAUAAGCAAUUAACUGAUAUUUCUUGUAGUAACAUUGAUAAUUUUUGUAGCAUUUUCAUGAAUCCAAUGUAGCCCCUGGAUCUAAAAAAGUUACUGUAAUACCUUUUAUUUUGAAAAUUGAAUCCUCUUAUAGAGUUAAUGUACUUUUCAUACUUGUCCAGUUAGCUAAAGGAAUAUUUGUCAAUAUAUCUAAUAUUAUUGUAUUUAAAGUGUUGCUAAUGCUUCAAUGUCAUAUUAACUACUUGAAGGUUUUAAUAGUCAUUAAACCAUAGAUAGUUUUGUAUGCUCAUGUCCUUUAGCUGCUGAUUAAAAUGAAGGUGAUAUGUUUUAUACAGCGGGAUGACCUGAGCACAGAACAUAGAUUAUCUUGAGCUAUGCCAAAUAAUCAUGCAAUGCCUACUCAUCACUUGGUACCCUUUAGUGAUGUUUCUUCAUCCUCUGCUGUGAGCAUUAAUCAUAUCAUUAUUUACUAAGACGGCUUGUUAUUAGUCAAGUUAUCGCUCACUGUGAGUCCAACACCGGAUCAGUCUUGUAAUAGUAGUGACUUUCCUUGUGGAUGGCAAGUUUUAGGGCAAGGUUCUGCAUAUGUCAUCUGACCUAAUCUGACUGAACCAAACCUUACCUAGCUUAUUUGAACCCAACCUAACCUAGUCUUUGCCAUAAGAGUAACAAUAGGAAGAAUUCACCAUUGUUAGGUCAUAAGGUAUAUGCAGUAGUAAUGGUGGUGGAGCUAAGGAAACCACAAAAUAUCUUGAUCGAGAUAAUAAAAUGUAUCCAUGUUUA